AUGGAGGCCGGGAAGGUUGAUUUGAUGAAAAAGUUCGGUCGACGAGACAUCAACCGGCACGAUGUUUUUGCUACAGCUCCAGAUAGCACAGAGUUUCUGCGUGCCUACGCGUGGAACGAAAACAAGUCGAUCAAAAAGGAGAUACAUUCCGGUCACGUGACGCUGAACAAGGAGCGGCCCACUAAAAGCGAUAACACAAAGUUGGCGUUCUGUCCUGAGAAAGCCUGGCUUGUUAGCGAUUUGGAGCUUGUCCAUUCUCCCAGCUGUGACGCGGUGCGGAAGUGCUCCAAGAAGUUGCUGAUGGAGCUACCUGGAUUCAAAAGAUCUAUGGUGAAGGGCCUAAGCACUGCGCGGGCGUGGGUGGCUGCCUCGGUGAAAGCAACGGACGAUGUCAACGUCGAUCACCGCCCUGCGCUAGUGUAUGGAGCAAUAUCCCGUGCCAAAGCGCUGAUGGAGGAGGAAGAGGACAACUAUGACAAGCUACCGGCUUUUCUCCGGUCAUUCGCACGCAAGAAUCCUGGAUCUACGUUCCACGAGUCCGUCCACUUCUACAAGCUCCGACAGCUCCGCCACCUCGACUUCGCUCAGCAGGACUCUGAAGAGACCGAGGAAAGAGCGGCACCGUCAAUGUCUCUGAUUCAGGCGCUGAAGGUUGCACUGAAAACCCCGAAGGAGUUCCUUGCUAGACUCAAGCUAGUGAGGAAGGACCUGAAAGCCAGGAGCAAGCUCGCCAUUGAAGCCCCCAAGACUAGUAAGGGACCUACCGGUAGACUUGGGUAG